UCAAAUAAAAGCUAGAGCUCAACUUUAAUAUCAUUAACCUAAACAUUUCAUACCACGAACUUCUAAAAUACAUGAAUCAAGUGAUGAGCUUUCCUUUCUGAGAUUUGUGUAUUAUUGGACUUCUCUAGAUCAAAACAUAAACAUUUGUUCUGUGUGAUUGGCCCCGAAUAUGGUAAUGACUUGAGAAACGGCCAGUAGAAGCACCACAACCAAAAUGUCUCGUCGUUCUGUGUUUGAUACUCCAAAGGCCUAUUUUGUAUACGGUAUUCUUAUUGGUCUAUUCUCUGUGUUUGGAAUGUCAGGAUAUCUUUUGGAAUUCUUUUCAACGGACAACCAAUCCAUGAAUUAUCUAAAUGGCGUCCUGCCACAAAUGGGUUUUAUUUCAAAACGAAAAUCUGAUAAUCAAGAAUUGGCUGUAGGUAAUAAAAAGACAGAUGAUGACACUUUAGCCAAGAUUUUGGAAGAGAAAGUUCGUGUUUUAUGUUGGGUUUUAACGCAACCGAAACAUUUAGAAAAUAAAACAAUACACGUUAAAACAACGUGGGGAAAACGUUGUAACGUUCUUCUGUUUUUCAGUUCUGUUCCCAAUCAAACUUUCCCCACAAUUGGUUUAGGUGUUCCAGAAGGUCGAAAAUAUUUGGUGCAAAAGACAAUGAAGGCAUUUCGUUAUGUUUACGAAAAUCACUUUUACGAUGCUGACUGGUUCUUAAAAGCAGACGACGACACUUUCGUCAUUGUUGAAAAUUUGAGAUACUUUUUGAUGGAUCAGAAUGCCACUAACCCUGUUUAUUUCGGGCAACAUUUUCACAAAUACAGCGACAAAGGAUAUAAUAGUGGGGGUGCUGGAUAUGUUUUGAGUAAAGAAGCUUUACGACGUCUGGUAGUCGAUGGUCCUGAAGCCAAUGACUGCGUUGUCAGGGGCGCCGAGGACGUCCGGAUGGGAGAUUGUUUAGCGGAGAUCGGAGUCAGAGUUGGCAACACUGCAGAUGCUUUAGGUAGAAGUCGAUUCCAUGCUAUUAUACCCGAGCAUGUCAUCUUAGGGCAGUUUAUGGCUUGGUAUGAGAAUUUCACAAGUGCAAAAGGGGGUAUGGAGUCAUUAAGCCACUAUGCUAUAACAUUUCACUAUGUGGACCCUAUGGCAAUGCAAGAAAUGGAGUAUUUUAUAUAUCAUAUAAGGCCAUAUGGUAUUAAACGUGGAAUGUUGAAUAUUAACUAAAUUGGUGUUAAUUUUUUUUAAAUUCUCUACAAAAUAAUAGUUCCUCUGAAUAAAAUGACUGAUUAGCAAAAAAUCUCAUCUAAUCU